GACCAUCAGAAAGCGCGUAGAUGUCCCAGACGUAGUCUCUGGCUUCAAGUUCUGCAAGAGGACUGGACUCACUGUGGAGAUCCCGCCCUUGUUGUCCCCGCUGCUGGACAGCGAGCCAGAGGACCUCUCACCAGACGAAGUGAGCCACCUCUGCUUACUCAUCCAGAGCCGGCAGACAGAUGUCGACGAGGCAGAAGCCCGAAAACAGAUCGCGGUCAUCAAGGACGAAGCGCGGAAGUCCGACCAUUUCGGUGCUGUACACGAGAGCCUGAAAUGCCGACAUUUCAAGAAUGUUGUCCAUCUGAUUUCCAGAUUGAUGCUCAUAGAUCAGGAGCUACUGCUCACCACUGUUGUCUACAGCAAGGCCCGCUUGGCAUCUUUAGUCAGCAAGGGCGACGAGGCCUCCGUGUACGGGAGUUUGGUCAACCAUCCCUUUCACAUCAAGGACUUGAUGCUGUUGUCCUAUAAUGGCGGGCUCAUUGGAGUUCCGGACCAGAUCUGUUUGACAUCCGAGGAAGUGCAGGCCACUUGGCCGAAGCUCUUGAGAUCCGUUGGAGAGCUGACUCUUCGCCAUAUCAACGUCCGAAAAGCUGUCGCUGCCGGGAAGAUCUACCAGGACUCUGGCAAAGUUAAGCCCACAGCAAAGGACGAUCCAAAGCACUUUCUGUCUGGUCCGCUGGAGAUAGCAUUGUUGAUAGACAUGUUGCAUUCGCAUGAGAAGAUGAAGAAUCGCUUUGCAAGCCCAUUGGCGAUGAUGAUCUCAAUGGUCAAGCACGCCCAAGUGCACGGUCGCCUCUGGGACGAGGACCAGCCGGGAGGCGAAGAUGCAGCUUCGCCUAAGCCAGCUGCCGGAUGA